CUUAACGACGGCCUAAAAAAUUCGUCCACUCAGAAACUCUCUCUUCCAGAAUAGAGACAACAAUGGCGGUUGAUGAAGUCGAAGGUUGGAGCGAAGCUGUGGAGGAUCUCGUCGACAAAGGCGACGUCGAUAGGGCGAUUUUCCUAUUGGAAUCCGUCGUAUUGAAGCUGGAAAGUCUGACCGUCUCCUCGCCGGAACCAGGCGUCCAGCUCCAGCUUGCCACCGCUCUUAGCGACCUUGCCGACCUACAAUCCUCCAAGGAUUUGUCCAUCAAGGCCGACAAGAUCCGUUCUCGCGCCCUUCUCCACCGUGUUAACGCUCAUCACUCUGAGCCGCCAAGGCCUGGCGACUCGGGUUCUGGUGGAGAGUCGUUCGUGCGGCUGGAGGAUAAUUUGAAUGCAACAUCUUCAAAUCAACACCGAGACGACGAGGAAGGUUGGGAGGCUAUUGCCGAUCGUGGGAUGUCGUCGGGAGAAGCUUUGCUCUUUGCGCAGAAUGUCGAAGGAGCAGUAUCAGACAUUUUAAGGGUGGAUGAGCCUAGUGCAUCUAGGCGACGCAGAGGGAGAGGAUCUUUCUUGUACAGAAAGAAUGAGCUAUACUGUGACCAGGUGGAUGAUUGUCCUGCCGCUGGCUACAAUUUUUCUUCUGAAGAUGAAGAUGCCAGAUUUAGCCCUCUGGAAGACGAAUCUAGAACACUAAGGAAUUCAAAGUAUGGUACCAGCCAUGUUAUCGUCUUAUAUGAUUUCCCACCCACAACUCGAACAACGCAAUUGGAGAUGCUAUUUGACAAGUUCAGGGAGCGUGGUUUUGUUAUUAGAUGGGUCAAUGAUACAGUUGCACUUGCAGUGUUUCGAACGCCAUCUAUUGCUAAUGAGGCGCAAAGUAGCAUUAAAUUUCCAUUCAAAGUGCGUCGUUUGGAAGAGGAGGAUGUCAUCUUGACGCAAAUCUCCCCAAAAGAUCUGGAACCUCCUAUCGUUAGGCCAAAAACAUCAGCGAGAACAGCCCAGAGACUGAUCGCUCAUGCAAUGGGAAUCGAUCCAAGUAACAGUGCUGGCUCAGAUGAAUUCAGAAAGCAGGAGCAAGCAAGAAGGAACAGGAUACAUGAAAGGCAGAACAUGAAGAAUGAUGCCUGGGGAUCGGACUAGAUUAUAGUCUAUUUCGAAAAAUUUACAUACAUACCACACAAUUAUUAUAUAUUUACAUAUGUAAUAUCU